AUGGCGAAUCAACAUUUCUUCAAGCCUCUUCUUCCCGGCUUCCACAGCCAUUUGAAAAUUCCUGCAGCCUUCUUCUCCAAGCAUAUAGAAGGAAGAAAUGAGCAUGGAAAUAUAGCGAAGCUGAGAUCAGACACGUCGGAGAUAACCUGGAUAGUGAAGAUAGAAGAUGGCCUGAGACUCACUGAUGGUUGGAAAGAGUUCGCUCUCGCACAUGACCUACGAGUUGGUGACAUUGUCAUUUUCAGACAAGAGAAAGACAUGGCGUUCCACGUUACACUCUUUGGACCUAGUUGCUGUGAGAUACAAUAUGGAUCUUGUUUGGAAACCAAGAACAAGCUUGUGGAGGUUCAAAGCAAGAAGCAAGUAAAGAAGGAUACAAAAGGAGAAGCAGAGUCCUGUACACUACUAGAUCCAUCUUGUUAUGUAGCUAAUGUCACGCCUUCAAGCCUGCGAUAUGACAUGCAUUAUAUUCCAAAGAGUUUUGCAAGGGCUAAUGGUUUAGAGACAAGAUGUGGAGAGAUUGUUCUGAUGAAUGAAAAGGGCACAUCAUGGACCUUGGCUUUGAAACGGAAGAAUUCAUGUGGAACUAUGUAUUUAACACGAGGUUGGAGACGCUUCUGUAGGAUCAAUGGACUUAAAGCUGGAAGUUUCUUCACUUUUAAACUGAUCCAAAGAGGAGAAACUCUGGUUCUACGUAAGUCUCCCUCCUCUACGGAGUCUGAAGAUAGCUCAGAAGAUGAUGAAGAGAGCAACCAAGAUGAGAAAAGCUUCAAGAAGGCUAGAUCUACAUGGAAACCAUCAUCUUCACCAAUCCAAAACCUAUUCCUGACCUUAACUCUCAAACCUUGGGACGUCAAAAGAUCUAGACUGUAUCUUCCCUUACGCUUCACCAGGAGGCAUGGCAUCAAUGAGGAAACUAAAAUGACUAUGUUGGACAAAAACGGUGUCAAGUGGUCCACGGAUCCGAGGUCUGAGAAGCCAAGUGCAAGAAUAAGAUUGGUUGGGGGUUGGAAAGAGUUCUUCAAAGCUAACUGUGUGAAGAUAGGUGAAUCGAUCAUGUUAAGGCUUAUUUGGGAAGGAGACACUAGUUGUAUCCUUAAGUUCUACUCUAAGGUGAAGCAAUAGACCAGAUGAAACUGUGUCUGAGUGUAAUGUUUAAGCUUUCUGUAAGUUGCCAAGACGAAUUAAAAUGAAUUAAGUCAGGCCAGCUUGGUUAUCUAUCAUUGGACGAUCAUCAGAACCAAUCUAAUUCUGGACUACCGUAAAAAGAAAAGAAAUAAGCUGAUCUCUUAAAAUCUCCCUAGCACAAACCAAGGAACA